AUGGCCUCCCACGCCAGAGGCAGCUUCGCCCAGCGCGCUGCCCAAGCUAUGCAUGCCCAAGCCCCAGCCGUCGAGAACUGGGACGACGACGCCGACUUCCACGGUGACCUGUUCGCCCACUCGGUCGCGUCAUCCGCCACCGGCCACACGGCCUUUUCCUUUUCUUCGCGCGCCAACUCUGCCCGUUCCGAGUCGCUGACCGGCGACGACGACUGGCACGUCCUUAUCGCGCCCAACGACGAAUCCUCGACCAAACAUGCCAUCUCUUCCGCCAAACAGGCCGGCAUCCCCAUCCCAGGCGACGUCCCAUCUUCGGCUCUUCUCGGUGGUACCAUCAAGCGCCUGGGAAAGAAGCCAUCCCGGCAGAAGGUCGCUGCCGACGACGACUGGGGCGACGACCUCGAGUUUCCCGGGCCUAGCUCGGGCGGCUUGAAAUUAAAGAAUCUUCAGCCUCCUAUGACCCCGGUGCAGGAUGUCGACGACGACGACUUUGACUGGGCCGAAGGCAGCCUAGGUAUCCGUUUCGGCGGCACGCGACGGGACACGCGCCAUCGAGGCUCCUCGGUUUCCGCCACCAUGAGUCCUAGCUUGGGCAGCUGCAUGACUCUCGAAAGCGAAGACGACGACUUUGGAGGGCUAGUCCUGCCCAAGGAAUCCCUCGACUUUAACGCUAUUCUGCGCAAGCGCAGGGAAGCUGAGGACGAAAAGCCGCCAGAGUCCGAGCGUCCGCCCACAGAGGAGGAACCUGCACCCCCAACCAAAGACGACCAAUGGCAAGAGGAUCCUACCGAGAUCCCAAACGAUACUCCAGCGCCGCCUGCCGAAUCCAUCGCUGAAGACUACCCCCAACACCAGCUGCAACAGCAGCCCGGCCCAAAGUCUGAUCAGUCUGAGCCGCAAGUGGAAGUAGCGCCGGCGCCGACCCCGGACCCACAACCCGGACAACCACCUCAAGAACAAGUUGUACGCCCCGAUCAACACCAACCACCGCCAGCGAAUCUGAAGCCCACCGCCGAAGACGAUGAUUUCUUCGCCGACAUUGACUUCGGUUCAGGAGACAUACUUGAUACUAACAGACAUUCGCUCAAUCGUCACCUCAAAGUCCAGAGAAGCAGGCCACCCACCACUGCCGUCCGGGCAGCGACGACUUUGACCUUCACCGACAAACCUACCACCCCCGCCCCCGCCGCCUCGCGGAUACCGAGGCCAUUGGUCUCGCACUCCUCCCGCUCCAAGCUUGCUCCCGUCUACGAAACAGGCACUCCUCCACCGCCUCGCCACGGACGCGCGGCACCAACCACAACAAACUCGCAGUUGCUUAGGGCGAAGCGAUCCGCACCCGUCCUCCGUAGCGACUACAGGUCCUCGAAACCCUUCGUGCCGUUCCUGCCUGCGGGCGCCUCGUCGACCCAAUCCCACAACAUCAUCGCAAGGACAUCAGAGAGCCAACUUCGCCGCGGCUCCGAUCCGAAUCGCGCACAAUCCCCUGCUCCUCGUGCAUACUCGCGUACCGGUCGCAACCCGGAUACGCCCAGUCGCUCUAGCAAUCGAAAGGACAUUGCCCCUGCGUCGUUAGCUCGUGAGGCGGCUACCAAGCGUUUGUUCACUAAACCUGCUCGCAAACGCAACUUUGGCGACGGUACCGAACUCGAGCUUUUCGACGACUUGCCGACAUCAGUCCAAAAGGAAAGCAAAUAUAUCAAACAACCAUCAAACCGACCCUCUUCGAAACUCCUGCGCCAGGCGAGUCAGUCCAAAAUCCCCACAGCCGAUCGACCGCAAACCCACACACCUGCACCUGCACCUGUACCUGCAUCCUCGACGACGCUUCGCAGUCCUUCGAAGCGAGACAUCACCCCUAGUUUUGCACGGGAUACUGCGGCUAGCCGUAUGGCAAGAGAACAACGCUUGGCAGGAAUGAGAUCACGCGGAGAUGGCCCGUUGGUGCCAGUCACCAAUUGGAAAGCGCGGGUGGCAGCGCAAAGUCCACAAGCGCAAAAGAAGAGGAACUCGGGACAGAAGCCGUAUCUGAUCAAGCAGAUGAACGCACCGAGCGUCAGAAAUGAGAACGGCAUGACAUACAAUCCGGCACUCCAGUGCUGGGAGGGCAACGAGUCUGCACUCGCGCAGUUCUCCUCGGCCGUUCAAGAAGCCACCCAGGCAACCUACGCUGCUCGCAUGCAAAACAUGGGCCAUUCGCAUUCCCAGUCGCAGCCUCAGCUCCCGAGCCACAAUCACAGUAACUCUAUGCUAUCGAUCCCGUCUCUCCCGACUCCGACUGGGACUGCUCCUGCUUCCACGUCCCCGCCACGCGCUCCAGCCCUCAUCUCGAACAUUUCCACUGCCAGAGGCGUCCAAGUCGAACGCGGCAUGGUCUUUGAUCCGCGCCGAAUGUGCUGGCUGAAGCUCGACCCACACAACACCGGCCCACUCUCUCCCACGGCAUCCAUUGGCGAUGAGUCCGACCCAUUCGCCGAUAUCGAAGAUCUCAAGGAGGAUGAUGACAAGGUCGGCGUCGGCGCUGGCGGAUAUUUCGGCGUUACCAGUACGACAGGUGCUGUCGCAUCCACACCUAGUUUUGAUGAGGUCGGAUUCGUGGGCGAGGAAUUUGAUCUCGGGCCCGAAUUCAUCCGAAGACAACGCGAAGAGGAAAACGUGUGGAAAAUGAGAGUUGCCGGCUGGGUUGGUGAAGGAAGAGACGGUCUGGGCGACAACUGGAAAUGGUUGGUCAGAGACAUCUCGGUCGAGAUGGCCGCGGUCGUUGAGGGGAGGAGAGGAAGUGUUGGUUGA